AUGAGUCGGCGGGACACACGUAGAACUCGGGAACGCUCGGCUGAGAGUUCCGGGAGUCGAUCAAGCCUUAGAGAUCUGGUCUCUCAGCUAACUAGAGCCUUAGGAGGUUCAAGCUCUAGUAACCGAUCCGUGGAUCAGGCUCGACGUUUAGGAGCCGUGGAGUUCGAUGGAAGCCAAGGCCCAGCUGCAGCCUUGAAGUGGCUAUCCAGCAUGGAGAAAAUCUUGGAAGAGGGGAUGCAGUGCCCCGAUGAGGAUAUGGUGAGGAUUUCUGGGUUCAUGUUAGAGGGAGACCCCCGGAAGUGGUGGCAAAUGGAGAAGACCCGCAGAAGGCAUACGUGGGACCAGUUCAAGAUUGCCUUCUCUACUGAGUUCUGUCCUCCUGCCUACCGUGAGGCGAGAAGGAGAGAGUUCGAGGGACUGCGCCAGGGAAACAUGACGGUGACAGAGUACGAGAGGAGGUUCCGGGAGCUGUCAGAGUUCUGCAUGCACUUGAUUCCCGACGAUCACGCGAAGAAGGUGAGGUUCAUAGACGGGUUGAACGAGAGUAUCGGCUACACCCUUUCUGGGUCAGUACACCCCACCUAUCAGUCCGCCAGGGAUGCAGCGCUCGAGCUAGAGAGACAGGCGGAGAUACACAGACCCUCGAGGCGCAGACCGUUCGAAGGUUCGUACAGCGGGGUACCUCGACAGGGGGCAUCUAAGAAGAGUCAUAGUUCAGGCUCAGACAGUGGUGGGUUCAGCCCUCGAGGCAGAUUUCAGAGGAGAGGCGGCUAUCGUAUGCCCCAACCAGCGCGCCAUUCCAUCAGCGGCGGCACGAGCUCAUAUCAGCACUCUGGGUUUAGCCCCAAGCCAUUCUGCAGACGUUGCAAUAGAGCACACCAUGGGAUUUGCCAGUUUGAGGGUGUGUGCUUUCAGUGUGGAUAGGCGGGACAUAUUAAGAGAAAUUGCCCUUAUGGAGAGGCGGGAGUGUUAGGGGCGAGCCCACCAUCACAUCAGGCCAGUGGAUCGCGGGGUCAGAGUUCCCGAGGGAGUUAUGCAGUAGGAGGUUCAUCGGGAUCAGUCCCACAGCCUGUUGGACCGAGCAGGGGUAGAGGACGGAGGCCCCAGCAGACAGGGCAGGGUCGAGUGUUUGCGAUGACCCAGCAGGAGGCCCUAGCUACACCGGACGUCGUGGCAGGUGCACGUGCAAGUAGCGGAGUCGAUCCUGCGGAGGAUCUUGAUUGAGAUACGUGCACAAGGUACCAGGUUGUCGGUGUUCACUCGGAGCGGACUCGAUCUUCCUCGCUGUAUUUGUUCGUGCAGUACCUUGUUCUUCUUUUACUGCAGUUGUACUAUUUCUUUCACUUUUACUGUAUUCUGUAUUUUGUAGUACUUCAUAAAGCUCUGUAUACUGUAUGGGACACUUAAGUAUUUGUAUUGCACUGGAUUA